AUGGUUCGUAAUAUAUUAAUGAACAAUAAAAUUGUUCGUUAUAUCGCGACAUUUAUUGUCGUAUGUGAUUUAUUAUACGUUAGUUAUAUUCAAAUAUCUAAUUUUAAUGAUAAAAAUUCAGAAUCUUUAAUAAAUAUUAAAGUUGGAAUAGAUAUAAAAAAUGAUAAUUAUCCUAUUAUAUCAUCACAAGAUGAUGAAGAAGAAGGAAUCAGUACAAACUUUUCAGAAUAUAUAUCAAAAUUCAGGAAAAGGCCUAAAGAUGGUUAUAUAAUAGAUUAUGAAAAAAUCGUAUCUCAUUGUGAUAUGAGUAAAUUUUUAGCUGAACAAUGUUUAGAAUACCUUGAUAAAAAUGAAUCAAAUUAUAUUAUACCCAAUCCAGAUUUAAAUCAAAAAGAUUCUUUAAAAUGUUCACCCGAUCAACCUCCAAUGCUUUUUCACGUAUUUUGGAAAGGGGAUAUUAGUGAUAAAAUUUCUUUAAUGAUAAAAUCUUUCUUAUUUACUCAACCUUUACAAUGUUCCAAACUUUAUAUUUGGUUAGAUGAUACAACUAUGACUUUAGAAGAUAAUCCUUAUUCAUAUUCUUUACUUCAAUUUUCUCCAAAAUAUAUUGAAUUUAAAAAUUGGAAUACUGAAGAACAACUUAAUUAUGAUCCUAUUUAUAAAGGUUGGGAAUAUAAUCUUAAUAAGAAAAGAAGAUCAGUUUCUUUUAGUGAUAUGGUACGUUUUGUCGUUUUACAAAGAUAUGGUGGAAUUUAUGUUGAUGCUGAUGUACUAUUAUUACGUGAUUUAAGUCAAUUUUAUCAUACAAAUUUUGAAUUCUCUUACCAAUGGAGUUUUAAAGAAGAUUAUAAUACAGCGGUAUUACGUCUUCGUCCAAAUAGUACAACCACAAGAAUGAUAAUUGAAGGUGCUAUGAAUAAUCGUAUGAGAUUUCAUCCUUUUAGUAUAAAAAAUUAUUUUACCAGCGUUGAAAAUCCAACAAAAGAUGAUGUAAAUCCUUACCUUUAUAUGCUUCCUGUUCCUUUAUUUGAUCCUUUAUGGUUAAAGAAGGAUAGAAGACAACGAAAUUCUACUUUAACUCCAAAUAUUAAUGUUUGGUAUGAUGUAUUUAAUCCCGAAUUAUCUUUAAAUGAAUUUGUAAAUGUUGAUCCCGAAAAUGCUACUCCUCAAUUACGAAAAGUUGAUGGUUUCUUUCCCGGUGCUUUCACUUAUCAUUGGCAUAAUAAUUGGCGUACAGAAAUACUUCCAACUUCUUGGAUGGGAAUAUUACGAUCCGCUUACGAUGAAUUUUUAAGCGGUCAACAACCAAACAUUUAUAAUGAAUAUCUUAGUUUAAUAAUGUAA